AUUGCCACCUUAUAAGACGUGACGAAAGCUCUCGAAGCUCCCCGCUUCUUAUUUUUGUCUUUGUCAAAGAGAAUUAUCAAAGCUUAGAUUCCUUCUCAUCGAGAAAUGGAAUAUUCAGGUGAAGAAUACGACGUCGUUGUCGUCGGGGCAGGCAUCAUGGGCAGCUGCACUGCUUACCAACUGGCCAAAAGAGGUCAGAAGACACUCCUGCUUGAACAGUUCGAUUUCUUGCACCACCGCGGAUCGUCACACGGCGAGUCACGAACGAUUCGUGCUUCCUACCCGGAAGACUACUACCCCGCCAUGGUCGCCGAGUCAGCUCAUCUCUGGGAACAGGCACAAUCCGAGAUCGGCUACAAGGUAUAUUUCAAAGCCGAGCAUUUGGACAUCGGGCCAUCCGACUCCAAGAGUCUCCGUGCCGUUAUUGCCAGCUGCGAAAAGAACGGUAUCCCACAUCAGGUCAUCGAUCGGCAUGAAGUUGCCGAUAAAUUUUCCGGCAGGAUAGAUAUGCCGGAGGACUGGAUCGGUGUGACCGCGGAGCUGGGUGGUGUGAUCAAGCCCACAAAGGCAGUGUCCAUGUUCCAAACGCUAGCAUUUCAAAACGGCGCCGUUCUCAGGGACAACAUUCAGGUAACAAACAUAGUGAAGGACGAGGUGAAGGGAGGGGUAAUUGUAUGUGGGAGUAACGGUGAAAAGUCUAGGGGUAAAAAAUGUGUAGUUACAGCGGGUGCGUGGGUUAAAAAGUUGCUAAAAAGGAUAAGUGGGAUUGAACUCCCGAUUGAAGUUUUGGAGACGACGGUGUGUUAUUGGAGGAUCAAAGAAGGAAAAGAGAAUGAUUAUACAAUCAACGGAGGUUUCCCAACAUUUGCGAGCUAUGGGCAGCCGUACAUAUACGGUACGCCGUCGUUUGAAUAUCCGGGAUUGAUUAAGGUGGCGGUGCACGGUGGAUGCGCAUGUGACCCGGAUAAGAGACCGUGGGGUCCGGGAGUGAAGCAGAGCGAACUGAAGAAAUGGAUAGAGAGGACUUUCAGAGGUGCCAUUGAUUCAAGUGAGCCGGUAGGAAAGCAAAUAUGUAUGUAUUCAAUGACGAGCGAUGGGGAUUUUGUGAUUGAUUUCUUGGGGGGAGAAUUUGGGGAGGAUGUGGUAAUUGGUGGUGGGUUUUCGGGUCAUGGGUUCAAGAUGGGUCCGAUUGUGGGGAAGAUAUUGGCUGAGCUUGUGCUUCAUGGGGAUGCUGGAAUGGAGCUAAAGCAUUUUAGGAUCGAAAGGUUCAAGGAGAAUGAUAAAGGGAAUCCCAAAGAUUUUGAGGAUCAAAUUUGUUAUGGUCCAGACGAAGUUUGAAAAUGGUUUGAUUUUUGUAAUUGUUUCUCCAUCACUUGUAAUGGUUUUCUCUUAAAUCAUGCAUCCCAACAUUUCAAUA